AUGACUGUGUCAUCGGCCUCCUCACCACGAGCUCAAGGUGAUUGCAUUGGAAUUGGAACCAACGCGGCUCGUGUUGUCUCCAAAUGGGGGACAAAUGGGCAUAUUCACCGACAGCUCGAGGCCCAGAGGGCCGGCGUGGUGGUCAACGACCAGAAGGUGUCGGCUGAUUGUGUAAUCGCCAGCGAUGGUGUGCAUAGCAAAGCUCUAGGAUUUGUGACGGGCAAGGAUCCGGCGCCCGUGAGUUCGGAAUAUGCAGCAUUCCGGGCAUAUUUCGACGCCGACGAGAUUGCCCCAGACCCUGAGGCAAACUGGUUGCUUGCUGGUGCAGGAAAAACUGACCAGGCGUUAGCAUUCGCGGGCAAGGGGUGCGAGUUCACCAUGUGCACUGGCAAUGCUCGCGAGUCCUGGACAGCUCCGGCUAAUGUUCAGGAUGUGCUUGACCAGAUCAAGGACUGGCCUUGCUGGGACCAGAUUGCCCCAAUAAUCAAGCGGACACCGCCCGGGAAGGCGAUCAAUUUCCCCCUCCUCACUAGGCCUCCCCUUGAGACAUGGCUAUCUCCCGCAGGGCGAGUUCUCUUGGUAGGAGAUGCUGCCCACCCCUAUCUUCCUAUGGCUGGACAAGGUGCUAGUCAGGCUAUUGAGAAUGCGGCUGCGUUGGCAAUUUCUCUAGAGCUUGCAGGGAAGAACAGCGUGCCCCUCGGCUUACAGGCUGCGGAAAAGAUCAGCCUUACUUCCGCAGAUAUUUUCGAUAUAGAAAGUCUUCAGAACGCUUUCUCUGGGGCUUACGGUGUGUUUGCGGUGACGAACGAGAUUAAUUCAAGAACGGUCGAAAACGAGGAUGACCUAAAGCUGGAGCUCGAAAGUGGGAAGAAUAUCAUUUCCGCCGCGAAGAUUUGCCGCAUUCAGCACUUUGUUUUUAGUAGCUUGCCAGACAUGAGACGAGCGACUUCUGGUCGCUUUGACAAACUUUUCCACAUGGAUCAUAAGUUUAUCAUUGAGCAGUGGGCAAAGCAAGACCUGCCUGCGGUCACUUGCCUUCUUCCUGGUCUCUUCUUCACCAACCUGGAUCGUCCGCAGUACUGUCGAAGAGAAGCAAAUGGGGUGGUUCGUUUUUGUCCCCCGAUUCCGCCUACAAAAUUAGUUCAGUGGGUUGAUCCUGUACAUGAUAUGGGUAUUUUUGCUGCAGAGGUAUUCGCUUUAGGCAUUGCGAAAACAAAGAACAAAAAUUACGUCGUUUGCAGUCCGAAAUUACGGAUGGGCGAAUUUGCAUCCACCUUUACGCGCGUCACUGGCCAGCCAGCGAUUUAUUCCCCAAUCUCGAUGGAUGAAUGGGCUGAUUUGGCGUCCAGAGCGGUAGGAGUUGGAUUCAAGGAGGAUAUUCGCCAAAUGAUGGAAUGGAUCUCGAUAGCGCCCGAGGACAAGAUUUGCUACGGGGCUCUUGAUCCAGCCGAAGACUCUUCCUGGGAGGAACUCCACCUACGAGCUAGUUCUUUCGAAGAUUGGUUAAGACGUUCUGGAUGGAGAGGCCCUCCAGAGGGAAAAAUCUGA